AUGUUGGUAACACCAUUGCAAUUAUUGAUUAUUAAAAACAACUCAAUGAAUUUGUACCGUGUUAAUGAUACAAGUCAUUUUAGUCGUCGAACUUUAUUUACCCUUGUAGAUCCUUUAAUUCUUCCAAAAAUAAUCACCAGAGACAAAUUAAACCUAAGAGAAAGAUCAGAAAGCUCUGUCUUCCCAUUCACUGAAUCUGAAAGUGAAAUAACACCAAACACUGUCAAUGCAACAUUUUCAAAUGGUGAUGAAAUACCCAUAAAAGUGCCUACUGAAAGAUUCAUAAAGAAAUUAGUAAAGAAGUAUAAGAAGCAAGAACACAUAAACUCUGACAACGCAUUCUAUUUGUUCUUAUUAACUUUACAAAAUAAAAUUGAACAUGAUCACAAUUACAAAGAACUUCGUUCUCAAUUUAUGAAAGAAAUUGCUUUAGUCGCUUCUAUAACUUGGAGGAAUUGUCCUAUAUAUUAUAAACAAGCUUUUGUGAGAUUGGCUUCCAGAAUCUCUUCCUCAAAUGAUACAAAUGUCAACUUUUCUUUCGCUAUAUUUUGUAAAACUUUUAAUAGAUUAACGUCUAGAAUAAAAAAAUCUUGA